AUGGGCCCCACGAGUGGACCUCAUCACGGUAGCUUCGUCAACGGCUUGCUCGAUGGCGGUGAUGGCGAAUAUGGUGUCACUGAUGGCGCUGCUGAAGAUGGUGAUUUUGAUGUUACAGGAGACAUGGGCCCCACGAGUGGACCUCAUCACGGUAGCUUCGUCAACGGCUUGCUCGAUGGCGGUGAUGGCGAAUAUGGUGUCACUGAUGGCGCUGCUGACGGUGGUGAUUUUGAUAUUACAGGGUACCAGGGCACCACGAGUGGACCUCAUGAUGGUAGCUUCGUCAACGGCAUGGUCGAUGGCGGCGAUCAAGAAUAUGAUGACAGUGAUCACGAUGCUGAUGUCGGUGUCACAGAAAGAGAUGAUGUCGGCGACGCAGGGCUACACAGAGUACCAACCAGCGAAUUUGAUUUUACAGCUUGUUUAGUGACCAAGAACAUCAGUAUGCGCACCAUCAUCGUCGUGGCAGCAAAUGAGGCGGUGCCAGACCAGUUCCAGAUACUGAAAGAGCGACGUGGACUUAUCGCCAGGGCCCUGCAUUCAAGAACUGCACAAAAUCAGAGUCAGCUGGCGACGUUUCCGAUACACGGAGGGCGCGCCGUCAACGCCAGGGAGACGGCGCCCGGCCAGUUCCCGUACCACACGCUGGUGCUCGCCGACAACAGAGUCCUCUGCGGCGGAGCUCUGCUUUCGGUGUCCGUCGUGCUGACCGCCGCCCAGUGUGUGUUUCGGUACAAAACGUGGCUGGUACAACUGGGAAGCGUGGAGCUGCUAGUCCAGAACCCCCACAGGCAGCUCAUCGAGGGCAAGAGGGUGAAAACUCAUCCUCUUUAUUCCGACAAGCGCACCAAUGACGAUAUAGCUGUCGUAUUUCUGAAAACUUCCGCAGUUCUCAACUCCUACGUCAAGACCGUGAGGCUACCAACUGAUAUGAUGAGAGAAGAUCUUGUGGGUAGAAUGGGCAUCGUCGCCGGAUGGGGGAGGACACAUGUUCGUAAGUUCACUUCCUACUUGCUAAUAUAA